UCUCAAGCAACACAAACCCCACCAACAACAACUUGCACGCUACUAAAUAAAAUAGGCUGCAGCCCAAGAGUCUCAUAUCUUACUCUAAAGUAUCAUAAUAGAGAGUAUGAACAGCGUGAUCCAAGCUGUUCACCAGCUCGUGAAGGACAACAACCAGAGCCGCAGUCAAGACUUUUCCGACCCGGUACUAGCUCAGUUUACCCUUCUGUGCCUCGUGAUGAGAAACCACCAGUCUUCCAAGAUUUUCGACAUGACCCUUAUACUGAUCUCCCUCCUUGCAACGAGCCAAACAAGAAACUUGAACCAUCAGCAGUUAUCAAUAAUUCUAAGCAUUGGAACAAGGAAAUUAAAUCUCGUGGCUUAAUGUUGUGCUGGCUCAAUUGA